AUGUUCAGAAAUGUACGUGAUUACUUCAAGAGUACCAAUGAAAAAAACGAAAACGAAGAUAAAGCAACAGUUAUUGAAAACAUUAACAAUUGUAACGACAGUAACGAAAGUAGCAAGAGGAAUGGAAAUGGGAUGAAUGACCAAAUUGAUGAAAGAGGAGUAGGAGGAACCCCGUGCGAUGUGACAAACAAUGAAAAUUAUUUAAAUGAAGCAUCUUACAAAAAUAUAAGUGAUAUUUGUAAAGAAGAAAUGAAUAUAGAGAAUAGUUUAAAAAAAAAAUAUGAAAGUUAUAACGACUUGGAUGAUGCUAGAAAAAGAUUUAUUAUGAGUGACGAAGAAAGUGGACGGAACAAGGAUCCCCCUAGUAAUGGAGAUACGAACAAAACUAGCGAAUCCUUUGUGAAUAAUUGUGAAAACGGAGUUAGUUCCGUUAUCAGUGACGUUGUUGAAGAGUCCAACAUGGACUCGGAGAGUAGAGGUGUCGAAGUGGGAAGUAAAAAUGGAAGUAGUCAUGGUAGUAAAGAUGGAAGCAAAGAUGGAAGCAAAGAUGAAAGUAAAUAUGGAGGUGACCCUCGGAGCGAAUUUGAAAACGAGGAAGACACUUUUGUACCAAAUGAUAACAGCAUGAGGGUUAAGCACAAAUUGGACCCAAGUGUUGAAUCUCUUAAAAGGAGGAAAUUAAGCGAAAAUGGUAUAAUGGAACAAGAGGAGGAAAAUAAAGAGAAUGAAGAUGAAGAAAUUGUUGGUGAAACAGAAGAAAUGGACGAAUCCCAGAUGAAUAAUGAUGUGAAAUCGAACGAAGGAGAUACUGAUGCAGAAAAGGAAGAAGCUAAGGAGGAGGAUGGGGAGAAGAAGAAGAAUAAUAAUAAUCAGGAAAAUACCCAUGAACAGAGUGAAGAAAAGAUGAAUUAUUUACAAGAUAAACUGGAACUUCUUUUAUCUGAGACGAAACGAUACACGGAAAAGCUUUCAGGGCAACGAUUAAAAAUGAACAUGCAAUCGAAGGUCAACAAAACGAGACGUUGUGCAUUGACUGAAAAAGAGGAAGAUUAUAUGCUAUUGCAAGAUGCAAAUGAGGAGGAUGAACCAUUUAUUAUAAAACAGCCAACUAACAUUAAUGGGUGCAUGAAACCGUAUCAGAUAGAAGGGUUAAAUUGGUUAUAUCAAUUAUAUAGACACAGAAUUAAUGGUAUUUUAGCAGAUGAAAUGGGACUUGGUAAAACAUUGCAAACAAUUAGUUUGUUAUGUUAUUUACGAUUCAAUAAGAAUAUAAAGAGAAAAAGUAUUAUCAUAUGUCCAAGAUCCACAUUGGACAACUGGUAUCAAGAAAUAAAAAAGUGGUGCACUGAAAUGAAGGCUUUUAAAUAUUAUGGAAGUAAGGAACAAAGGAGAGAAUUAAAUAAAAAAGUAUUACACACAGAUUAUGAUAUAUUAUUAACAACGUACGAAAUAGUUAUUAAGGAUAAAAAUGCCUUGUUUGAUAUUGAUUGGUUUUUCCUGGUUAUAGAUGAAGCACAUCGAAUAAAAAAUGAUAAAAGUGUGUUAAGUACAUCGGUUCGUUUUUUAAGAUCAGAGAACAGAUUAUUAAUCACAGGUACACCAUUACAUAACAAUUUAAAAGAAUUAUGGUCCUUGUUGAAUUUUUUAAUGCCAAAAAUAUUUGACAAUUCAGAAGAAUUUGAUAAUUUGUUUAACAUCUCAAAAAUUAGCACAAAUGAUAAUAAGCAGAGUGAAAUAAUUACCCAAUUGCACACAAUUUUGAAACCAUUUAUGUUAAGAAGAUUAAAAGUUGAAGUAGAGCAAUCGUUACCUCCCAAAAGAGAAAUUUACGUUUUCGUUGGCAUGUCAAAAUUGCAGAAAAAGUUAUAUUCAGAUAUACUUAGUAAGAAUAUAGAUGUAAUUAAUGCCAUGACAGGAAGUAAGAAUCAAAUGCUUAAUAUACUGAUGCAGCUGAGGAAAUGUUGUAAUCAUCCAUACCUAUUUGAUGGUAUAGAAGAACCACCAUAUAUUGAAGGAAAUCAUUUAAUUGAAACAUCAGGAAAAAUGUCCCUUUUAGAUAAACUUUUACCAAGAUUGAAAAAAGAAAAUUCUCGUGUAUUGUUAUUUUCACAAAUGACAAGAGUGUUGGAUAUUAUAGAUGAUUAUUGUAGAUGGAAAAAUUAUGAAUAUUUACGGAUUGAUGGUUCAACUGUGGGUGACGAAAGACAAAUAAGAAUUAACCAAUUCAAUGAACCAAAUAGUAAAUAUUUUAUUUUUUUACUAUCAACAAGAGCAGGAGGAAUAGGUAUCAACUUAACAACUGCUGAUAUUGUUAUUUUAUUCGAUUCAGAUUAUAAUCCACAAAUGGAUAUCCAAGCAAUGGAUAGAGCACAUCGUAUAGGGCAGAAAAAAAGAGUUAUUGUGUACAGAUUUGUGACGCAAAAUUCGGUAGAAGAGAAAAUUGUUGAAAGAGCAGCAAAGAAGCUGAAGUUAGAUUCACUUAUUAUUCAAAAAGGGAAAUUAAAUUUAAACAAUAAAGAAAAUAAUAAACAAGAAUUACAUGACAUUUUAAAUUUUGGAGCACCAGAAGUAUAUAAAACGCAAGACAUUUCUUCCAUUUCGGAUGAAGAUAUUGAUAUCAUUCUUGCGAAUGCUGAAAAGAGAACAAUGGAAAUUGAAAACAAAUUGAAAAAUUUAGAAAAUAUAUUUGAUCUAUCGAAUAUAUCCCUGGAUGGAGGAUUGAAUAUGUACAAUAAUUUGACAAAGAAUGAUUCUGGAGAAUCAAGUGAUGAAGAAUAUUCUGAUUCUGCAGAUGAGGAAGAAGAAGAAGAAGAAGAGGAAGAAGAGGAAGGAGGAGAAGGUGGUGGUGCUGCUCAUGGUUCAUUAGGAGGUAACGUUCUUGAAGGGGAGGGGACAACAUCAGUAGGAGGAGUAGUAGAUGGAGGAGGAGGGAAGAAGAAAAAGAAGAAGAAAAAAAAAAAUAUUAACAAAAUAAGGAGAACAAUAAAAAAUUUUUUAAAAAAUAAUAAAAAGAACAUGACUUUCCUGGAUUUAGGAGAAAGAAAAAGUAAAUGGAAAGUUAUGAAUUCUACAUGUAACAAAAUCAAUAAGAAAAAAAUGGUACUUCAUGGAUGGAGAGCAGAAGCUAGAGGAGGACAUGACUUUCAAUUUUUUAAUAAUGAAAAAUUAGAUGAAUUAGAAAAAUUAGAAGAAAAGUGGAAUAAAUAUCGCGUUUGUCAAGAUAAAAUUAGGAAAAUUAUAGAUGCACAAAGUGAUCAAAAAGAUUUUGAAAAAUAUAUUAAUUUUUCAGAUUUUCUAGACAGACAUGGAAAGAAUGUUUAUGAAAUUAUUAAUCUGAUAUAUCCAAAUAUUUUUGAUGAAAAAAUGAAUGAAGCUGAUAAGGAAGGUAGAGACGGGGGGGAGGAGGGAGGGAUUGGUGUUGUUGUUUGUGGUGGUGGUGGUGGUAGUAGUAGUAAUCACAAUAAGAGCUUUGCAGAAGAUGGAAAUAUCAAAAGUCAGGAUGAUAAAAGCAAGGCGGCUAGUUCUAAAAGUGGAAAUGGUAUUAUUGUUAAAGGAAGUGUCAAUGGAAGUAAUGAUGAGGUUCAACAGAUUAAGAGGAAAAUUAUACAACUUUUUGAAUCCAAAAACAAAUUAAGUAUGGUUAGGUUUAGGGAUAAGAAUGUGAAGGUGUGUUAUGAAUAUUUGACAAAUUUUAUUAAGAGGCACUUGGGGGAUAACAAUAACGAAAGUAACAAUAACAAAAAGGGGAAAAACAACAAGCCGAUUAGAAAGAGUAUCGAUCAUGAUAUGGCUAGUAUAGAUAUUGAUCAAAUUAAAAAUGAAAAGGAAGAACUUCUGAAACAGGGGUUCUCUAAGUGGAACAAAGCAGAAUUUAAUAAACUCAUGAGCGGCUUGAUAAUUUAUGGCAGUGAAGAUAUUGAAUUCAUUUAUCAGAAAUAUUUCAGCAACUCGAAAAAGUCAAUGGAGGAUAUAAAAGCUUACCUGCGAGUCUUUUUUAGAAGAUACGAUCGGGUGAAGGGGGGUAUAAGACUAUUCGACAAAAUACAAAAGUCCGAUUUGCAGAGACAGAUGAUACAGGAGGAAAAUGAUCUUAUUGCAAAUUUUGUUGAAAAGCAGUUAUCUGAUGGAGUUGAUACUAUUGACAAACUACAGCUUCCUCCUAAUUUGUGCUAUGAAUAUUUACAAAAAAAAGAAGAAUUGCCAAACACUACCGGUGAGGUUAAGGAAGAAAAGGAAAUUAAGGAUGCUUUGAAUGAAGAAGAAAUUUCAUAUUAUGAAAAAGAAAAUAAAAUAUUACUUUGGUUAUUGUACCAGCAGGGGGUAGUUCACACGAAGAGCAUUCAUAUUUUGACGCCAUAUUAUUGGGCCCAAGCGCAUAAUUUUUUUAAGUACGCAAGCACCCCGUUUGAAAACAUUGAAUAUAGAUGCAGACUAAUCGUUGAUGCUGUUGUCCAAAUGAGCAGAACAGAUUCAAAACCUCCCAGUAAUAAAGAAAAGAAAAAAUGA